CAUAAAUCGAAAUACUCUAAUUCUCGUUCUUUUUGUCUAUUGAUGAGUCACAACAAGAGAAAUACACGAGGACAAAGAUAAAUUGUUAUAGAAAUGUGGAUUUUAUCAAGCUUGGCCCUGGUGUUUAUUUCUCUUUAUGGUUGCUGUGCAGCAGAUAGUUCUGAUUCUGCCCAUCUGUUAGUCUCUAAACGAGUUCUUAACGAGUUUGUCGUGGAAGGACGAGAUCUAACCGUUAGCUAUGCAAUUUAUAAUGUUGGCUCAAGUCCAGCGACUUCGGUAUCAUUAGUAGAAGAGACAUUUAGUUCGGAUGAUUUUGAAAUUGUGAAUGGUCAAUUGUCAGUGAGGUGGCAAAGUAUUGCACCAGGAGCUAAUGUCUCUCAUAACUUAAUUUUAAAACCAUUACGAUCUGGUGUAUUUAAUAUAACGUCUGCAAUGGUGACCUACCAACCCAAAGAGGAUGCAGACCAGCAGGUUGUGUAUUCCACUGCUUUUGGUGAAGCCUUUGUUAUGGACUCAAAGACAUUUAACAGGAGACAUGCUCCACAUGUUCUUGAUUGGGGUAUAUUUGGUUUGAUGACUGUCCCAACAAUAUUCCUCCCAUAUGCCAUUUGGUACUCAACUCAUUCAAAAUAUGAUGGAUCAAAGUCAAAAAAGUUGUGAUGAAUACUAAUUGAACUGCAAGUUUUUUAACAUUGGGUGCUAUUGUUCAAUGGUUGUUCAGAUUAUAAAAAAUUAUUGCCUCUUUGUGGUGCUAACUUAUAGCAUUAUGUUACGAAUACUUUUGGAUAACCACUUUUAAAAAUAAACUUCAUACUUUUAUUUCAAAA